AUGGCGAGAUUAUUAAUUGGAUUUGGUAUUUUCACGGUUUUGUAUCAAGGAAGCUUCAGCAAUAAUUAUGACAACCAUACUUUAAUGCGUCUGUUCCCUACAAAUACUAAACAACUGGAAGCAGCCUCUAGUUUCCAUGAUCCUGAAAAUAAAGUGGAAAUUUUAAAGAGCAGCAGAGGGAUCAAUGACACGCUUGAUGUAUUGGUGCCAUUUGAUAGAAUGCAUUAUGUUGAAGACUUCGCUAAGGAAAAAGGUUUAUUAGCUGAAGUUAAGACCAACUAUGGAAGAUCAUUUGAAGACCUCAACGAACGUAUGCCCAGAAGAAGAGUCUUGCGAAAGUUCAACGUAUUCCAAUAUAACUCCUUCCAUAUGAUCCAAGAGUACCUAGACACGAUGGCGCAAAGAUAUCCAAACUUGGUGACUUUAGAGACUCUGGGAAAUAGUUACGAAGGUCGGAGGAUGCAACUUGUAAAGAUAUCGACGAAUCCUAGUAUCGGAAACCCCGUCAUAUUUGUGGACGCAGGUGUACACAGCAGAGAAUGGGUUGCACCAAGUAUGGCAAUAUACCUUAUACACCGCUUAGUGAGUGAUCCCACGACAAAGUUGCCCGGUCACGAGCUGGACGGUUUAGACUGGUACAUCCUUCCUGUGGUAAACCCUGACGGUUACGAAUACAGUCGCGCCAGUAAAAGCAACCGUAUGUGGAGAAAAACACGAUCAAAAAAUGGCAAGUGUUAUGGAGUUGAUGGUAAUCGCAACUAUGGCUUUAAGUGGGCUGUAAGUGGAGUAUCUCAUGAUCCAUGCCACAAAGAGACCUACGCUGGACCCAACGCCUUCUCAGAGCCCGAGACACGAAUUGUCAAACAUAUCAUGAUAGAUAAUGCAAAACGAAUCAAACUUUAUGUCUCACUACAUGCUUACGGGCAAUAUUUGGUUUAUCCAUGGGGUUAUACUGGACAAUACUUACCACCGGAAUGGAAAAAAUUAGAUAGAUUGGCGAAAGCAGUUUCUGAGAAAGUUCAGCGUGCUGGUGGAAAACCAUUUAAAGUUUUGAGCGCAGGGAAGUGGUAUGCAGCGGCUGGUGGAAGCGAUGACUUCGCUUUUGGUGCAGCUGGAAUUCCAUACUCUUAUACUAUGGAAUUAACUGAUGGCUUUGAAUUUUCCUUCCCGGAGAGUCUUCUCCAACGAACCUUACCACAAUUUUAUGAAGGUUUCCGUGAAUUUGGUACACAGAUUAAAAACGAAUUUGGUAGACAUCGGAAAAAAAGAUCUUAUGACGACUGA